AUGUCUCAACGAAUCGGCAAUAGACUAUUUGUCAGCAGACUAUCAUUUUACAUUACAAACGAUCAGUUCGUGAAAUUGUUCUCACCAUUCGGAGCACUUAAAGAAGCUUCACUUGUGAUAGACCAAAAAACCAAAAGACCUAAAGGUUUUGGUUUUGUCUCGUAUGAGUCGGAAAUUGAAGCAGAAAAGGCUGUGAAAGCGUUGAAUGGAAGGAUAGUUGAUGGAAGGCUAAUUUUUGUCGAACCUGCAAAAUUGAAAGAUUCUUGA